AUGGGUCCGGACACGCCUCUUCCCCUUUCCCCCGACUUCACCAAUCCUGAAGAAUACAUCGAGUCAUUGCUGCACUUGACGACUUCCUCAUGGCUGCUCCAGACACUAUGUGGAGGUGUCCAUAUAUUGGACUUUUACACCAGGUCACCUAGUCUCUAUUCGCACAUCUUGCCACAGUCAUGGCGAGAAUGGUUCAAGACGCGAGAUAUCAUGGACAUUUUGGACCUCUUGAUGAGGGAAGACCUCAGUCAGUUCGAUCCGGAAGGACAGGUUAACGACAAAACCUGGCGGAAUGGUCCUGCACCGCCUGAAGAACUCCUGCAGUACAUCCGUACUGUACGGAAACAUCUGUUGGCUCGUGACUUCCCUCCACCCAACUCCGGCCUUGAGCCUCAAAAACCUGCUAUAUCUCGUCACAUCGCAACUGGCAUGAAGGUCAAGAAAGUGCACGAAGUUGAUAACUUUGCGCGCUAUAUUGACAGACUCACCUCCGAGAUAGCGCAGUCUGAGAAGAAACCGAUUACCCAUCUUGUGGAUUUCGGCUCAGGUCAGAACUACCUUGGACGCGCACUCGCUGCACCUCCUUACUCUAAGCAUAUCGUCGCUGUAGAAAGUAAACAGCAUAACAUCGAAGGAGCAAAGAACAUGGACAUCUUGGCCAAAUUGGUAGCAAAACCCACCGUCAUGAGGAACAAGAAGGAGUAUCGCGCCAAGAUGGGCAAAGUGAAAAAGGGCAAAGAGGCCAAGGAGAAUGAAUCGGGGACAAACAAGCAUAACCAGGAAGCCCCAUCUGGUUCAGCCACUCAAAACACUGAUCUAGCGUCACCACUUCAAAAUGGUGUGAGCUGCGAUGAGGGUGGCUGUGUGCUACACCAAGUCUCGCAGAAUGUCUCAGAACCUGCACCUGCUGAAAUUUCUGCCGAGGCCAGCGGGUUUACAGAUCGAACCCCGGCUACGAAGACUUCUACGCUACAGAUAUACAAUGAAGGUCAUGGUAGCGUGCAGUAUGUCGAGCACAUGAUCAAGGAUGGCGAUCUGACACCCGUCAUUGACCAGGUCCUGGACAGCUCACGUGUACCCGAGGAGAUUGUGAGCUCGGAGACUUCUGUGGUUGCUGAAGCUACCAACUUGAACGCUGUACCGAAACCGAAGGACGUAAACGCGAUGGUAAUCUCACUGCACUCAUGUGGCAACCUCGUUCAUUAUGGGCUACGCUCCAUGCUUCUCAACUCACAUAUCUCCGCGGUAGCAAUGGUAGGAUGUUGCUACAAUCUGCUCACAGAGCGCCUUGGCCCUCCUACCUACAAGCUACCUACGCUCCGUCCUAAUCACCCACGCCUGGAGUCUACUUCCAAAGCCUUCGAUCCACAGGGAUUUCCCAUGUCUGAGAGACUUGCAAACUACCCCCUACCACAUACGCCUCUGGAAUCUUUUCAUGAUGACUCGAAAGCAGACGGUGAACAAGUCAGGCAACCAACAGGUCUACGGCUCAAUAUCACAGCACGCAUGAUGGCUGUGCAAGCCCCUUUCAACUGGGGUGUGACCGACUCAGAACUCUUCUUCACCCGUCAUUUCUAUCGAGCCCUGCUUCAGCGUAUCUUCCUAGAUCGUGGCGUGGUCUCUGCACCUUUAGACGAACAAGGUCUCGUUGGCGGGGCGGUAUCAGCUAACGGUCACACCUCUCAGGUGAACUGGACACCACCAAAUGGCCGCGGUCCUGGCCUCUCGUCUGACGGCAAAACUACGCCACUUACCAUCGGUACCCUGCGCAAAUUUGCCUACAGCGAUUUCGUCUCCUACGUCCGCGCCGCACUAGCAAAACUCACCGCUGAGAACUCUUUCUGCGAGGUUGAUCCAAACUUUAUCAAAGAAAAGAUGGAUGGGUUGACAGAUGACGAUAUCAGAGACUACGAAGUGAGCUAUGCUGAGAGGAAAAAGGAACUAAGCGUUAUGUGGAGUUUGAUGGCCUUCAGUGCCGGCGUAGUGGAAGCUGUUGUGGUCACGGACCGAUACCUGUGGCUCAAGGAGCAGGAAGAGGUCGAACACGCGUGGGUUGAGCCGGUAUUCGAGUACAAGUAUAGUCCACGCAACCUUGUUGUGGUAGGCAUCAAGAAGUAA